AUGAAAUCUAGAGAGAAGCUCUCUACUCCCCCCCCCCCCCUCCGUGAGCGAACAAAAAAAAUUUUUGUUCGCUCACGGAGGGGGGUUAAUUUUUUUUUUUUAAAAAAAAUUAUAUAUAAAUUUUAUAAAAAAUAUUUUUUCGAAAUUUAAAAAAAAAUCCUAAUUUGCAAAAAUUGGGAAGCAAAUAUUAAUUUAAUUUGCAAAAUUUAUGUUUUAAAACGCAAUUUGUUUAAAAUUAAACAGAAUUAGCUCUAGAUUUCAUUAUACUAAUUAUCACUUAUAUAUCAAAAUUUUUUUCCAUUAAAAUUUUUUCUAUUAAAAAAAUUUUUGUUCACUCACGGAGGGUGGGUUUUUGGUCAAAAAAUGGCGAUUUUUCUAAUGGUUUUGUUCGCUCACGGAGGGGGGGGGAGUUUAAGAAAAAGCCUUAAGGUCCCUCAAACCUUGUCCCCAAACCUUGAAAACUUAUCUUUUGAUAACUCGCCUCAAGGAACUAUUAAUGUGUCCAUGAAUGAAGAAGAAAGUUUUUUAGACUCAAAACAAAGCACUCCAAUCAAUAAUAAUGCAUCCACCCCAAAAUUUAAUUAUUCAAGGCGAACUACUGAUUUUCGGUACUGACACCCUCCUGGAUCACGCUCAAAAGAGUCCUCAAAGCCAUCUACUCCUAUAAUUCCUAUAAAAUGCCAAGACUGCAUGAAAGCUUCCUGUAUUUGUGGAGAAUACAGAUUUCAUAGGACUAUUAAAAGUUCUAGUGGACUUACAGCAAACCAUUUCAAAUUAGAAUUGAUGCAAAGCGAAAAAAGUUUUAAAUGCAAAGCGCCUGAGUCUAUAAUGAAACCUGCUUUACAAAAGACGCUGCUUUAUACUUCUUAUAAUACUAUGAAAAAAACGCCUAAAAAUGUCCUGUACGAUUUAAGGAUUCCUAAUAAAAUUUCAAUAGAAGACGCAUUUAAAGAUACAAAGCCACUGACUAUGCCGUGAAAACCCUUUUUAAAAAAAUCUUUAGGACUGAUGGUCAAUGAAAAAUCGAAAAAAAAUUCGCCAAGUUUGAAAGAAAAAAUCGUGAAUUUGGGUAUGAAAUAUUUAUCAUCAAAAAAAUACGCAAGUGAAAGCACUAAAAUGGUGAAUAUUUUGUAUUCACUUAUAAGGACAGGAGAUCGAUAUAAAGAUAUAUCGAAAAAUAGGAAGUUCGCAGAGAAAAUAAAUGAUAUUGCUGAGUUUUUAGUAAAACACGAAAAAGCACUGAAUAUUGAAAGAAAUUUGUUUGGGGUGAGCGGAAAGGAUAUUGAUGAACAAAAAAUGAAUAAACUUUUGGUUUUCAGGUUUCAUAGGUUUGCAUUGUCUUUAAGCCAGGAAUUAAUAAUGUAA